CAGUCCAGCGGUAACAUCUACAUAAAUGGGCGCCCACGCAACUACAACAUGUUCCGUCGGCGGUCUUGCUACAUCCUGCAAGACGACAUGGUACAGGAUAUGCUCACUAUACAUGAAUCACUCACCGUCGCCGCUGAACUCAAACUCGGAAACCAUAUUGAUAAAGGGACGAAAAUUCGAAGAGUAGAAGAAAUAAUCACAUCACUCGGUUUGAAUACAGUAAGAGAUACAAGAGCAGCAAAUCUCUCGGGGGGUCAAAAGAAGCGGCUUGCAAUCGGACUGGAACUUGUUAGUGAUCCCCCUGUGAUGUUCCUAGAUGAACCCACCAGUGGCCUAGACAGCUCAAUAUCAAAACAAAUGGUAUACCUACUCCAUCUGUUAGCGAGGCAAGGUAGGACAGUGGUAGCGACAAUGCAUCAACCGUCUGCAUUGCUUCUAAAUAUGGUAGACCGGCUGUACGCGGUUGUGGCUGGACGGUGUGCUUACAUGGGCUCUGUAACUAUGUUGCUGCCUUACCUGAAACAUGUAAAUUUGACCUGCCCACCGUACCACAAUCCUGUGGAUUUUUUGAUAGAAAUAUGUGCAGAAAACGCUAACCUUCUAGUAGAACAUUCGGAAAAUGGUAAAAAUACACAAUGGAUUACCAACAUUUGUCAAGAGACCGAUAGUAAAUUAGAAGUAUUAACUAGGCAGUACAGCACGUGUGACGAAGUGAAUCUCACAAUCUUGCCGACACGAAAUGAGGAGUCAACAAAUAAAAUCCUUAUGAAAUUAAAAAGCACUUACUCUACUUCAUUUUGGAAACAAUUUGCUACUUUGACAAGAAGAUCUCUUCUGUCCCUGUGGCGAAAUCCGUCGUUCACAAUAAUGAUUACUGGCAUCCAUUGCGCGAUGGCUUUGUUCGUCGGAUCCCUCUUCUACAAUAUUGGAGGCGAUGCAAAGUACAUCAGAGACAAUUUCAAUUUUUUAAACUAUAGUCUUUUGUUUAUCAUGUUUACUUCCUUCAGUGCUGUUAGUAUUACAUUCCCACAACAGUUCCCAAUAGUGCGCCGAGAGCAUUUCAAUCGCUGGUACAUGACGAGCGCGUACUACGCAGCCACAUUGAUAUCGGCAAUUCCUACCCAAACAAUCUGCACUCUUACAUACGUCUUCAUCGCGUAUUGGAUGACCGGCCAGCCUCCUGACACCUUAAGAUUUUUAGGGUUCAUUUGGAUGCUCAUGCUUGUGUCGUUUGUCGCCCUCAACGUUGGGCUUUUGAAUGGCUCCAUGUUUGACGUGAAGCAUGGAGUAAUCUUCGGGCCGUUCUUCAUAAUGCCGUUUGUAAUUUUCUCCGGGUUCUUUCUUCUCUACAAAGAUGCCCCCGUCUUCUUCAAAUGGCUGUUUCAUAUAUCAUUUCUGAAACACGGCUUAGUUGGCAUUGUGAUUUCUAUAUUUGGCAUGGAGCGUCCUAAACUUCCAUGUUCAGACUUGUACUGCCACUACAGGUUUCCCAAACUAUUUAUUGAAGACCAAGGUAUGGAACAAGAGCAAUAUGGCCUUGCUGUCAUUUGUCUCAUGGGUAUCGCAGUGGUAGUAAGUGCUUGUACGUACGGUAUACUGAAAAUUAGACUACGGACUAAGUGAUGAAUUGCCUUAUUUAAUUUGUACAGGGUAAUAUUCCUAUGAAUACUGAUAACGUAUGUGAUCAUGUGAUUUCGAUGUGGUGUUUGUGUAAAAAAAUAUUUUGUAAUAAUAGAUAUAUUUCUCGUUAAAUUUGUUUUGUACUAGUGUUACCUGAAACAGCACCACUUCGAUGAAGGGAACGAAUUAUAUUUGCAAAUAUUAAGUACUUGCAAAUGUCAUUCAAAACAGAUUUAAUGCUCAAAGUUGUUAUGCACAAUGAUAGGUAACUUCUAGGUUAUGAAGUUAUAUUCACCACUUUUUAAAUUCUUGGAUUCAAUAUGUUGUAAACUGGUAAUAUGGAGUAUAAUAAUAUAUAUUUACUAAGAAUCAUAGUUAUUUCGACCUAAGUUUAAAAAACUGCUAGCUAGAGAUUUUAAGAUAAGGAAAUGCCAAUGAAACUAGAAUUCAAAUAGAGAGCAUGUAACUACAAAUAAAAAUGUACUAUGUACCUCACAUAUUAAAGCUAUAAUCUGUGAUUUAGGAGAAAUUUUAUAUCAUAUUUACUCAAAUGACUGUGAAAAACUAAUGCAUUCACUUUUUCUGUACGUCACACCCUAUGCACACCUUUGUCGUUACAUUCCAUAUACAUAUAGUUUUGCUGCCCUUGAUUAUGACUUGGAAAAUAAAUAAGAAACAAAUUAAGUAAGUGCUUACUGGUUACAUUUGGAAUUGUGGUAGUUCAUUAAACGGUGACUUUGAAUUAGUUCUUUGAAUUUCCCAACGUAGUGGGAGUCCACUAUUGUCCUUGCCUUAAAGAAUUUAAAUGAUCGAAUCCUAUAAAGUAAUAUAAUUUUUAAAUCGCUUUUUUUAUUUAUAAAAUGAACGG